AUGCUGCAUCAACACCAUCCCAUUGCCGUGGUGGAUGUGGGAUCGGGCACUACUAGGCUCGGCUUCGGUGGCGAGGAGGCGCCACGCGUGGUGCAGCCCACUGUCGUGGGAACGCCACAGUGCCAAGGCAUGCUUGGGUCUCUGCUGCAGCAUCACGGUGACACCUUCGCCGGUGAUGCCGCGUGGGAGCGGCGAGGACUGUUAACUCUCAGCUACCCAGUACAAGGCCGUCGUGUGGUCAGUUACAAGGGCCUUGAGCACAUCCUGCAUGACGCGUUGUACGCAUGGCUGCCGUUUGUGCCAGACGAAACACCGCUGCUUUGGGUGGAACCAGCCUGCGCCCCUCGCGAGGACCGCGAACGGAUGUGUGAACUUUUGUUUGAAAGCUUUGACCUCCCACUGCUCGCCAUGACGAGUGCUGCCGCCGCGACGGUGUACUCCACUGGCCGCACGUCGGGCCUCGUUCUGGAUAGCGGGGAGGACUGCACCACGGUCAAUGCCGUCUGGGAGGGUUACAACCUGCAGCACGCCUUUCAUUCCUCUCCCAUAGCUGGACGUACCUUGACGGAUCGUCUGCUUGAAUACUUGCGCGGCAAAGGAUACACCCUCUCCACAGCAGAGGAUCGCUGUCUCGUGGAAAAAAUAAAGCGUUCCCGCUGCUACGUUGCCGUCGACGCGGAGGCGGAGAUGGUAGACAUGGGCAGAAAGGCGCACCUGGAUAGCUAUGAGUUGCCAGAUGAGCAGCACAUUUACCUCCACGAAAGCCAGUUUAUGGUUCCCGAAGCUCUCUUUGCCCCUCCGAGGGACGAGGGCAGCGACGGCGGUGCCAGUGGGGAGGUUGGGUGGGCAGAGGCCGUGACGCACGUCGUGCGGAAGGCACCACCGUUUACGCAGUCGCAUCUGUUGGAGAACAUUGUGCUUGGUGGCGGGAACACGUUGUUCCCUGGCCUCGAGCAGCGGCUGCAGCAUGACGUGUCGGCGCUGAAUACUAGUGGGGAGCAGGAGGUCAACUGCGUUGCCUUCCCGGAUCGUGAAAUGGCUGCCUGGAUCGGUGCCUCCGUCGUAGCGUCGAUGCCGACUUUUUCGCAGUUGUGUCUCGCCCGAAAGGACUACUACGAGAAGGGUGUCGCCGCCAUGCAUCUGAGGGUGUAG